GUUCCGAUUCCCGUAUCGCGACACCACCAGUAGCUGGCUGUGUCUCCAAUCAUCAUCCCCACAGUCCAUGGACGAGCUCCCGCCGCCUGCUGCCGCCUGUGCGGCUGGGACUCCAGCGGUGUGGAUGGCGCCAACGUGGUCCGAGCACCCUGUCGAUGCGAACUUCUACGGCAAUGCUUCAACGUCCACGACAAGGGACUCUCCGUACGACGCGGUGUUCUCCCCUGUGAACAAACACAAGGGCAUGCAUGUUAUGAGCGACAUCUUCGCGAAGAAAGUAGACCUUACAUGCCCGUCGAACAACAACGAUGACGACUCAUUGUCCAAGUCGGCUGCAACCGGAACGAUGCGGUCCACGCAAAAAGCCGUCGUCGAGCGGCCGGCCUCCCAUCCCGUGCACGCCCUUCGGGAACUCACACGAGAUUGCCUCGGCGCCAACCCGCAAGGGGGCAUGACGCCACCGAGCAUGCAUCUCACAUUUCUUCGACGCAAGGUGGAAUCCAGCUUGGACGACGUCGCCGCCACGAUGGCUACCAAGCAACAGCAGUUUGAGGCCACGGUAGCGGCCGCGAUUGAACAACAGUCCAAACCCCAUGCUGCGUCGUUUCCCGAGCUGUUGGACCUGCUUUUUACUUGCUCGGCCGCCGACGCGCCAGCGACGAUGCCGCAAGCGGACGGCCUGCCGCGCCUGUGCGGCAUAGUGACUCGUGCAGCUCACCACCGUUGCAUGAAUCAGCUGCAUCGCCGCCAGCGGUAUCUAAGGAGUGUGCAUCACAUUUUGGGUGGGCCGCACGUCUCGGACGUUGGCGUGACGUCGAAGGAAGUAGCGUCCAUGGCAAGCGUCGACGACCUUCUUCGGUUCGACCUCAAGCUGCAUUUGCUGUCGACACAACGGGACUGGCUGCACCAGCUCCAUCUCGCACGGAGGCAAUCCAUGAGCACUACCUUCUCCAACCAUCACGACCACAGAUCGUCGUCCUCCCCCCCAGCAGCCCCUCGCCCGCCUCAAUCCAAGCACAUACACAUGAAGAAACUUCUGGAGGCUGCGAGCUGGUACCGGUGGCUUCAGCAGCAUGCACACGAAGACAACAACAACGCCGACGACGACGACAAGCCUGCCUUAGAACACCUGGCCGACAUGUUGUCUGAAGACGCGUGCUUGUCCGAGUACGUCGACUUGAUGGGGACGAACGAGUGGCGGUCAGUGGUCCAAGCCCAGUUUGAAAACCUCGUGUUUGCCACGCUGGAGCGCCGCGUGAGUCGUCGCGUGGACAAGUGUGGAUUUGACGCGGCCGCGCUCUACUGCGAGCCGCCCGCCGCCUUCCGCGACAACAUCCACCCAUCGCAGCGCACCAAAGCGGCAGACUAUCGGAACGUCCACGCCGACUGGAACUGGCUGAGGGACCCCCAACCCGCCCAAGUGAUGGCGUUUGUUGGCAGCUUCACCCGCCAUGUCCGCGGCGCGUUUGCCAUUCCGGACGAUGUCCACAAGAGUCUGUAUGUGUUUAUCCAGCGCAUGCUGUUCCCGCGGAUAACCAUGCUCUGCUAUAACGGCGCCAUCUUGACUGAAUGUGCGCGCAAAGACACGCUGUGGCGGAAUCAGCAGGCGGCGCUUCGCCUGCAAAACCACGGGGGUGGCGUGUCGCUCGAGCAGCUGGGGGGGUCGACCCGCACGGCCGAGAAACUGCGACGAGCGUGGCCGCCGCCGUCGUCGUCGAUGUUUCCCAGGGCUCGAGCCGCGUUUGCCGGUAUGCACAGCGUCGUGCCAUGCGACUUGUUGGACGAGAUGAUGCACGGGGUAGUGGUGCUUCACGACGAAGCGGCGCAGAUCUUUGGCACGACCCGGAUCCCCGUCGACACGUUCUUCCCCCUCUUUAGCUUUGUCCUGUUGCACACGGACCUGCCGUUUGUCCACGCGCAAUUGCACCUCCUCGAGCAGUAUGCGCUGUGCAACCCCCCCGGCGACUUGAACCCCACUCGCAACGGUGAAGAAUCGUAUUAUGUGUACUGCAUGCACGCGGCCGUCGAGCACGUGUGCAGCCAAGUUGUUGGGCCCUUAGACUAACUUAUCCGCAACCCCAAACAACCGCUAACCACCGACGAGUUGAAUCGUGAGGGUCGGUGGAAUAUUUUUAACGUAGUUCCAAUCUGUUAAGAGAUAUACCAGUAUUUUGGAGUCGC